CAAGCAAAGAGCGAAGGACAGCUACUUAAAAGAGAACUGGCGAAUGCCGAACGAGCAGUCUACAAAGAAGCUGCAGUGCAUUUUCAACGACAAAUUGAGAAUCUGGAGCAACGGGGAAGGGAAACAUCGCACAUAUUGGAGACGCAGACAGCACGCUUGCUUAAACUUGAAGACGAACUUGCAGCACUCGGCAGCGAGAAAGCAGCGCUCCAACGAAAAUGCACAGAACUCGAGCGAGCUAACGACUUAGCGGUUCAAGAGAAACUGGAACAGUUGGGAGUUAUUGAGACGCUGCGCAAAGAACUGUCCAGUAUGGAAGAAUGUUUAAAUGAGGCCGAAAAGAAACAUAACAAUGAAAUUGAAGCUUAUCAUAAACUUGUCGAACAAAAGGAAAAUGAACGCACAGCACUGAUUGCGGAAAUAUGUGCUCUAAGUCGUGCAAAAGGUCCACUUCGUGAUUCGUUCGCCGAAAUCCAGCACCGUCAUGGCUAG